AUGGACCGUGAAACUUGGAUGUAUGAAUUGCGACAUGCUAGCGAUGAAUAUUUAGAUUACUUGAAUAUUUUUCUUAAAGCUGCUGAUGAUCAUCGGGUGAAACAAGGAGAGACUCACAUUUGGUGCCCUUGUAAAAAGUGUCAUAAUUGCAAAAAGUUUAGUGAAUUAAACAUACUACAAGAACAUCUGAUAUGUUAUGGGUUUAUGAAUGGCUAUACACGUUGGACACGGCAUGGUGAAUCAUUUGUUGAUCGUAACAUGGUUGAUACUGAAAAUAAUGGUGAUGAUAUUGAUGAUUCACAAAAUGACAAUUCUGAUAAAGUGGAUGACAUGCUACAUGAUAUCGAAGAUAAUAUCCCUGAUAAAGAUUACGAAAAAUUUCAACAAAUGUUUGACGACGCUGAAAAACCAUUAUUGAAACGAUUAUUUGCAAACGCCAAAGAUGCGAAAUUGUUACGUUGGCAUGCCGAUAAGCAUACGGUAGACGAAAAAUUAAGGCAUGUGGCUGAUUCUCCUCAAUGGGAGAAUAUUGAUUAUGAAUUUAAAGAAUUUGGUGGUAAGAUUAGAAAUAUUCGGUUUGGACUUAGUUCAGAUGGAAUCAAUCCGUUUGGAAACAUGAGUAGCAGUCAUAGCACAUGGCCAGUACUUCUAUGCAUUUAUAAUCUUCCACCUUGGUUAUGCAUGAAAAGAAAAUACAUCAUGAUGCCAUUACCAAUUCAAGGCCCAAAACAACCUGGUAAUGACAUUGAUGUGUUUUUGGCUCCAUUAAUUGAGGAAAUGAAAUUACUAUGGAAAUUUGGUGCCAAAGUGUAUGAUGCGUUCGAGAAGGAGUAUUUCCAACUACAUGGUAUGAUAUUUUGCACUAUAAGUGAUUUUCCAGCUUACGCAAAUUUGUCUGGAUAUAGUACAAAAGGAAAGAAGGCAUGUCCAGUUUGUGAAAAAGACACAGUGUUUUUAUGGUUGGGAGAAUGUAAGAAACAUGGAGAUUUGUUUGAUGGUAAAACUGAAAAGCAAGACAUACCUGACCCAAUGGACGGAAAAACUACAUUUUCUCGAGUUCAGAAUUUAGAUAUUCAGUUUGGAAAACGCAAUAACAAUAAGCAGCCAACUAAUUGGAAAAAGAGGUCUAUCUUUUGGGAAUUACCAUAUUGGGAAAAGUUAGAGGUACGACAUUGUCUUGAUGUUAUGCAUAUUGAGAAGAAUGUUUGCGAUGCCUUGAUAGCUUUGUUGUUGGACAUUUAUAAGAAAUCAAAGGAUGGGAUCAACAUUCGAAGGGACAUGGUUACAAUGGGAAUACGACCACAACUUGCACCCAUUGAAAAAGAAGGAAAGCGCACGUAUCUACCACCAGCUUGUCAUACUUUGUCUAAAGAUGAGAAAACAAAAUUUUGUAAAUGUUUGCAUGAUGUGAAAGUGCCAUCUGGCUAUUCUUCAAAAAUUAGUAAGUUGGUGUCCAUGAAAGACCUUAAAUUAAUGGGUAUGAAGUCACAUGAUUUUCAUGUUCUAAUCACACAUAUGAUUCCAAUUGCAAUUCGUGGAAUACUGCGAGACGAUGUCCGACACGCAAUUACAAAGCUAUGCUUGUUUUUUUAA